UCAUAUGACAGGGUCUGAAUACCGACACACACCGGACAUGAGCGAGUAGGAGUGAAGGGGAGAAAACAAGUGAACCGACCCUGAGAGAGCGUGAAAAGGCACUAGGGCACUUCUAUCUGACUGUGAAACGGCGAAGAAGGGAACUCGCUUAAAGAAAAAGCGGAAAGAAAAAGCGGACAAGAGUUUCAUCAACUAACUUUUGCGAGUAUAGGCCUAAUCACCUGAGCGGAGUUUUAAAAACUAUUUCCAAGCCUCUCUCGUUAUUUCUUUCCCAUCUUUUUAGCGCACGACCCCGGGACUGCAGAAUACUCAGAGCGACUUGAGUUGUGAGAGUGACCAUGGUCGGGGAGAUGAGUGAGCAUGUCCGGGAAAGACCAAGGCCCAGCCCGGACUACCUGAUGCAGUUGAUGACGGACCGGAAGGUGAUGAGCUCUCUGCCCAACUUCACUGGUAUCUUCACACACCUGGAGCGGCUCCUAGAAGAAGAGAUAGGUAGAGUGCGCAAGGACAUGUAUAACGACUCGAUGAAUGGAGGUGUGGCCGCCGAGGGGCGGAACUCUGAGGAGCUGCCUAAUGGGAUUGGUCCAGUGGCUCAGCUGCAGGAGAAGCUCUACGUGCCCGUCAAAGAGUACCCCGACUUUAACUUUGUAGGUAGGAUCCUGGGUCCGAGGGGUCUGACAGCCAAACAGCUGGAGGCAGAGACAGGCUGUAAGAUCAUGGUACGAGGGAAAGGAUCCAUGAGAGACAAAAAGAAGGAGGAGCUGAACAGAGGGAAACCUAACUGGGAACACCUGAGUGAGGAACUCCAUGUACUCAUCACAGUGGAAGACACACACAACAGAGCUCAGAUCAAACUACAAAGAGCCACCGUAGAGGUCAAGAAACUACUCGUACCAGCCGCUGAAGGAGAGGACAGUCUAAAGAAGAUGCAGUUGAUGGAGCUGGCCAUUCUCAAUGGAACCUACAGAGACGCCAACAUCAAGCAACCCACUAUGGCUUUCUCCCUAGCCUCCUCUCAGCAGCCUCGGCUCAUCUCCAGUCCCUCCCCUGUUAUGCAGCAGGCUAUGAGAAACCCCGCCCCUGUUCAGCAGCCCAAUCUCAUGCCUCACCUGAUUCGUCAGAUCCAGAGUCAGCAGGCCCUCAUGCAAGGAGCCAAUCAGCAUGCAGGACUGAUGCAGCAAUCACCUGAAUCAGGAGGAUUCUUCUACGCUCCCUACGAAUAUUCCCCCUACACCCUAACCCCAUCUAUACUAGAAUACCCCAUGGACACUAGUGGAGUAUUAGGAGCGAUGACGGCUAAGGUGCAACGCCACAAUAUGAGGGUCCAUCCUUACCAAAGAGUAGUGAACACCGACAGAGCUGCCACAGCGACUAACCCUUGACCUCUGUACCCACUGAUGACCCGCCCAUCUCCGCCUGUGGCUUGCUCGUUGCCAUGCUCUGGACAACAGCCACGCCCCCCCCCCUCCCCCCCAACCCCCCCCAGGAGUCACCUCUGCCAAACCAACCAGAGACCAGCGCCAUGGUAGUGACCCUUCAGGACCCAAUCAGGACCCAGUCACCAGCCAUGCCCACCCAAACACCACACUUUCAAGCCAUGUGCUCCUUCUAUAGGAACCACUACAUCAAAACCACCCAAUCACAACCCCCCCAACCAAACCCCAGCCAUGCUCUCUGCACGGGUCAGAUAACCAAUCUCUAUACCUUGCCCUGCAUUGAGUCGAUUGGAAGCUAUAGUAUUAUAAUAAUAAAAUAAUAAUAACAGUUAUAUGUAUGAUCAUAACAUAUUCAUGCCCAAUAAGCUAGUCUGACUGUCCCUGUUCUCAAACCCUCAGCGGGGGUCUUGAGAAACCGGAAGCAUCUCGUUUUUCGGGGUGGGGGGAGCAGAGAAGAGGCAAAGCCUACAAAAACGGAUGCUUACGGUUUCUGCCGACCCACUAAGUGUUUUUUUUCACGCCUGCAACAUGAGGUUACUGUCAAACAAAAUGUUACUCCGAUCUGGUUUAAUAUGUCACACCAGUUUCACACGAUGUCCUUUCUAAGACUAGGCUUUUCCACCAUGCCUGCCUUUCUACAGUGACCUGAGUCUAUCUAACGGGUACCGAUCACACUUCUCCAGGUGCUACAGAGCGAAGAGUCUCAACCAUAGCGUUUGCUUUACCAAUACAGUAUUAUAUACAUCUGGAGAACAACGUGCCUUUAUUUAUUCCAAUAGAGAGAGAUGUCACAGACCAGAGCAGCCUUUUUUUAUGAUGGGUUUAUAUUCUCCAUGAAACAUGUCUCAACAAAAGUGAAAGAGAUGUGGUGUAUUAUAAAGGAACCAACUCAAUGUUGUGGUUUCCCAUAAGCCCUACAUAUGUCUUUUGGAUUUAGAAUGAAGUGCCAAAACAGGUCACUAUCUUCCGUUAGUAUAGUAGGACCUCCUCAGAACAGUGUUAGUUUUGUGUGUUUUCUUUUCUUUUGGGGGGAAAUGACGUGUAUACUUGUGUGUCUGCCUGGAGAACACACCCUAUUGUAUAGUGUUGUGUUAUUAGAUAUGUGCGUUACAUACCUGAGCUCCUAACUCUCCUCUUGGCCAAGCAGUUGUUUUUACUCCACACAAACCAUCUCAUUCAAGACAAAACAUCUGUUUAUAAUGUAUUUUUAUAUGACAUUUUUUGUAUGUGAGAAAUAACAUUAAAUUAUGUUUUCUGGAAAGAACAGUAUGCCUUACUAUGGAGAUUUAUCUGAUUCAGUUUAAGAGCAAACUUUGCCUCCAACCAAUGUGCCAUUCACCAAGUGUCCGGAGAGUUUUUCAAGUUCUGAUAUACUGGAAACCUUGAGGUAUUCUGGAAAAUUGUUGUCUAUCAAGUUAAUCUCAGUGUUGCUUACCUUCUGGGCCUUCUCUAUGUCGAGAGUCGUUAUUAACUGUAGUACUGUAUAUUAAUCUACUCUUUGUAUUAACUGACCAGUCCUGUACCGUUAACCUCUCUACUCAUGCCUCUGCCUUGGUUUCUUUAAAACAUAAACUGUGUGAAUCUGAGAAUUAAAAAAGUGUGUUGUUGAUGUUUAACUUUUUAAAAACUGGUAAAAAAAAACAACAACAAUAACUCUUUGUACUGAAAAACAAAAACAUGAUUAAACUGGUAGUUGUAAAAAAAAACUAACAAACUUUGUCGCUGUUUCUCUGAAGCUUCUAAAGUUUCCAGUGAGCUUCCUUUCUGCAUACUAAUCUUAAACACUGCAGAUACCUUUUGGAAUGCACUGAAAUUAUUUAGAAAUACAAUACACUAGACAUACACUUGGUCCCCCUCUGCUCUGUCUCUCUCCAACUCCAACAGUCUGAAGCAAAUCAAUUGUGCAUCCUACCCGUACACACUCACUCAUACCUAUCCACACACAAAAACAUGCACACACA